AUGAUCACACUGGUGGCUAGAAACACUUCCCCCGCUACUCCCUCCCGCAACGACCUCCUCUCGCAAGAGAUGAUCAUGCUGAAGGAGUACACCAACGAGCAUGAGCUCACCGAAGCCCUCAAUGCCACGAAGUCCUUUCCUGAACUUCUGAUGACGCAUUUCUGCAUCCACAACCUCCUGUACAAGAAGUACCAAUUCAAGAACAUCCGCAUCUUCUCCUAUCCUUAUCACAACUCCAUCUACUGGUACCUCUUCGAGAUCCGCCGUGGAGCCACACCCCAAGUGACCAUCGCUCAAGGUGUCGGCCGACACGACUCUACCGCUUUCCUAACUGGACUUCGCCUAUUUUUGGAAAAGAUCCACGACCAGGUCCGGGACACCGGAUUCCUCAUCGGAGCCGAGGAGCACCUGCAAUUUGAUAUUGCCACCAUCUUCGAACAAAUGCUCCCCAGCCAUCAGCUCGCUCCUAAGAGCCGCAACACUUUCUUUUACAUGACGAAGGAACAAACGGAAGACCUCGCCUCCGCAGAUCUAACCGUUCCUUAUGGCUACUCCCAUUCCGAAGUCGACCUCGAGAAGGAUUCUCAACUUAUCCACGACGCUUGGGAAUUCGCCACAACACUCGAGCACACCAAGACUCGGCUUGCUGAGCUUCCAUCAGCCGUCAUCCGCGACGCCGAUGGGAACAUCGCCUCCUUCGAGAUGAUGAGCCAGUAUGGCGCCGUCUGCAACCAGUACACUCUUCCCGACAAGCGUCGCCAAGGACUGGGACGCCUUGUUGAGAUGCAGCUGGCACAGAAGGUGGUCUUGGCUGGUCAAGUGCCAUUCAAGACCGUGCCUUCCCUCCUUGCCGACGUCGUCCGCAGGUCGGCCGAGUCGCCCUUCUGGUCUACCUUCACCCGCAACGGCGAGCCGGUCACGUUUGUCUUCCAAACGGCCGCCGUACGGGAUUCG